UCCGGCUUGACUCGCCCAGCAAUAAACCUCGUCCCGACGAACCUCUUCGCAACCUCCCUCGACCCGACGCCUCGCGAACUUGCUCUCGAGAAGCCUCCCAAUUGACUCGCCGAGCCUUCUUCCGAAUCGCCCACCGAAUCCGCCAUAAUGCUGCGCACUUCGGCGUCGAACCUCCUGCGCAAGAGCCUGGUGCGCAGCUCGCCCGCCUUCGCGACCCGAGCCGCCUCCACUCACGCCAUCUCCAACCCGACCCUCGCCAACAUCGAGAAGCGAUGGGAGGGCAUGCCCCUUCAGGAGCAGGCCGACCUCUGGAUGGCUCUCCGUGACCGCAUGGGAGUCAACUGGAACGAGCUGUCUCUCCAGGAGAAGAAAGCUGCCUACUGGAUUGCCUUCGGUCCUCACGGCCCCCGCGCCAUGGACCCCCCCGGUAGCGGCGCCCGCGUCGCUUGGGGUGUCGCCAUCGGCCUCGCUGCCAGUGUCGGUAUCUUCGGUGUUAUCCGCUUCUUCGCUAAGCCUGUCCCCUACACCAUGUCCCAGGAGUACCAGGAGCAAAGCAACGAGUUCCUCAUCAACCAAAAAUCCGACCCUUUCACUGGUAUCACCUCCGAGGGCUACAAGGGCAAGGGCAUGGUCCAGUCCCCUCCCAAGGGCAGCAGCGAAUAAAUUCAGCGGACGACGUCUUUUCCUUUGUGCUAGAAGCUGGGGUGACUCAUGGAGAUGUAUCCGUGUGUAAAAUGGCCUUGGGGCAUAGGUCUGGAUGGGGGCUUCGAGGUGACUCCAGAGAAAUCAAACCUUCUUGGUGUAAAUACUGUACUACCACAACGGAACCCGAGUCGAGUGAUUUUGAAAUUUGU